AUGUCUGAUUCCGAGAAUAGUGGAUCAGAAAGUGAUUCAUCUGAUGAAGAAAAUAAUGACGAUUUUAUGUUAUUUCGAGACGAACAAGAGAUCGGACGACAACGGAUUUUGGCCAUGUUUGAAGAUGACGAUGAUGAGAUUAAUUUUGAUGGAUUUGCAAAAGUGAUCACGUACCGCAGGUAUAUUCAACUGAGUAGAUAUUUACAUUUUUGUGAUGAAACUGAUGCUGACAAAAAUGACAGACUUUAUAAAGUGAGACCUUUCCUUUCUUACAUCCAAACUAAGUUUGAGGAAGAGUAUUAUCCAUCUAAGAACAUUUCCAUUGAUGAAUGCAUGAUCCCUUUCAAGGGCAGAUUGGGGUUGAAGCAGUACAUAAAAUCAAAACCAACGAAAUGGGGAAUAAAGGCAUUUCUCUUGUGUGAUUCUGCGACAGCGUACUGCUACAGAUUUGAAAUCUAUGUUGCUAAGAACAAUGUGUUUGAAGGGGAAAAGAUUGGGCUAACCACAGCCGUUGUUCUGAAUUUAACUAAAGGAAUUGAAAACAUGGGACACAUUUUGUACACGGACAAUUUUUAUACCAGCCCUAUCCUUGUGUAUAAUUUGAAAAGUCUUGGCAUUGGAAUUGUUGGAACUGUUCGUAAAAUCAGGAAAGGUUACCCCAAGCAGCUUGCUGACGCCAAAGAUCGAGAUCUACGUAGGGGCGUGUGCAAAUGGAUGAUGUCUGAUGGUAUGUUGGCGUUGGUGUGGAAGGAUAAUCGGUUGGUCCACCUGCUUUCAACAGUUCACCAGCCGGAUAUAGAUGUUUCACGUCGAAACAAACAGGGAGUUUUGGAAGAUGUGCGAUGUCCACAACUGAUAAAGGACUACAACAGUAACAUGGGUGGUGUUGACAGGAAUGAUCAGAUGUGUCACUACAGCAAAUCUGCCAAGCAGUACAGAUGGUACAUGCGUCUUGUACUAAAGGGACUGUUGUGGUGUAUUUUCAAUGCAUACGUUAUUGAGGGCCACGUGAUCGAUCACAAACCUGGCAGGGGACGAGCACGUGAUUUUCAACAGUUCAUCGAUGAACUUGUUCAUUCUUUGGUUGGUGACAACAGAGCUAUCCGGAAAAAAAGGAAACGACCAAGUGUAGAUGUUGAGAUUCCUGAUCAUCUUCUGGAUGUUGGGUCUCAUUUUCCGACAACCGAGGAUGUGGACAGUACAAACCACACCUGUGUUGUGUGUACAAAGAAGCACCAUGUUUAUUCCAAUGCAAAUGGAGGAGUAUCAAGAAAAGACAAUCCUUUGGCUGAUGUCUUCACCCCACAUCUCCGGAGAUGCGUCAGACGUGUAUGGAUUUCUAGUUUGAGAGAAGCUCACCAGGAAACUUUACAUUCUGACCACCAGGAAACUAUACAUUCUGACCACCAGGGAACUCUGCAUUCUGAACACCAGGAAACUAUACAUUCUGAUCACCAGUAA